UUUUCAAUUAUGGAAUUUAACGAAACUUCUCUGAACCCGUUUUUUCUAUUAUUGAAAAAAAAAUUUAAAGCUAAAUAUGAAUUAACAUUGGCCAACCGCUGGAUAAUUUGCAUUCCAUCAGAUGUAUCUCUAAAAAAUUUAUCAAUCACUGAAGACUUAAUAGACGAACACAUUUUGAAACCAUUACCAGAAUUACCAGAUCACUACGUCUCCACUGGCGCCCAAGAAUCAAGAAUCUAUAAAUUCGAUGGCGAUGUCAUACAUUUGAUGAUAAAAAACGAAGACUCAAUAAUUUUAUCUCCAGUGCCGCAUAAAGUUCAGAUUAUAAGUACCGAAAAAGGUAGUGAUAAUGAAGAGUACACUAUUGUUUUUGUAAAUAGACUGUUGCAUGAAAAAUAUACCAACACCACUGUGUCACAUGAUGCAACUCAACUUGAAUUAAAUAAUUCAAUUACGUCUUACAAAGAGGCUUUGGAUUUUCUCUAUGAAGUAUCAAGGAUCUGUAGUUAUCAAUUAUCACACUUGAAGGAUGACAUAGAUUGUAUAGAUAUUGACAAGUACGACUCAGCUAGUGAAUUAGGAGAUGUAAUUCAAAGUUGGAUAAAACGCCACUGGGUAAACAUAAUGAAUCUUUUUAAAUUAGACAUCCAGAGCGAUGGACGUUUUCAAAAGUUGCUCAGUUUUUCACUAGAAUUAUUUAUCAUGCAUCAUCUUCAUGACGGAAUUUACUCAUUAUUAAGCAACGCGCUGGAGCAAGAUGACUUUUAUAUUAAAGAUAAAAUAACAAAGUUAAUAAAUGCCGGAGUUACUCCUGAUCAAUUGGGAGUUUCUGAAGCAUUUGCCAUUUCAAUGCCAUCUGCAAUUGUUGAAUUGGCUACGCUAGAUGCUCGUCGAGCGCCCUUUGAAAAGUUAUUCUGCCUGAAGACCACUUUAGAUCUUAUUACCGCAGAAGUUAAGGGCGCAUUAGCGGACAUUGAAUCUCAAAUAGAGUCCAAUGAUUUGGCUGAAGAUAGCAAGUCUGUAAAAAUGAUUUCAACUGAUGAUUUGACAUCGUUGCUUGUCUACGUGAUAGUUAAAUCACGGCCAACUAGGCUGAUUACAGACUUACAUUAUAUAGAAAAUUUUUUAUGGGCCACUUCUCCAUUAGACGGUCUUGAUUAUACAAUUGUUAGUUAUAAAAAUGCAUUGCUUAGUCUUCAUGAUAUAAAUCCUGAUGAUUUGCCACCGAGGAGUAGCAAAGUUAGAAAUGAACUGCCUAUGAGUCAAGUUUUGAAUGUUGUGUCUACUUAUCAAGAUCAGGAUCUGUCAGACAGUACACCUUUAGAUAGGCAGGUUCGCGAAUUGGCUACCAUGAUUGAAAAAUGUACUCGAACGUCCGAUAAUUAA